UGAAGCUCAAGCUUCACGCGCUCCACUUACAUCAUGACGCGCGACUCACGGCAUAGCCCCCUGUGGAAAGGGCUCGCAUGUCUUUGGGCCCUCCAAUUGCCUCUUACGAGCGCGCAGGUCGCCGGCAUCGAGAAGGCCACGAAUGACAGCUUGUUAUGGGGUCCAUACAGGCCAAACCUGUACUUUGGCGUCAGGCCGCGGAUACCGAAGAGUUUGAUGGGCGGACUGAUGUGGACGAGGGUGGAGGAUUACUCGAGUGUACAGAACACCUUCCGACACACUUGCGAGCAGCACGAGCUCGACGGCUACGGCUGGGACGAAUACGACGUCCGCAGCGGCGGCCGGCAGACGAUUCACGACCCUGCGAACCGCAUCGACAUUACGACCGAGUUCAUCAAGUUUCCUGGUGGAGAGCAUGGCGGCAGCUGGGGCGCCAGGAUAAAGGGGACUCCGCGCGAGGAUGCUUCGCCAAAUUUGAGGACUACGGUCCUAUGGUACAACUCCUUGGAGGGAUUGGGAAGCUUGGAAGUGCAGGGUGCGAAAGCAGAAGAGACGGGCGUAGAAGGCGAUGUUGUGCUCAAGGGUCAAACAGCUGAGCUCGGUGACUUCCAAGUCACAAUCACUGAGGGCAAAGGCGACCAUCCGCUGACUGGCCAUCCGAGCUAUGACGAGAAACCGCUGGAUCGGACCCUGGUGCAUAGUGGACAGGUCCCUGAGGAUGCCCUGUGGCAGGUCAAAAACUUGCUCUUUGCCCACUUGAAGGGCCAGAUCGAUCAAUUGAUCCCAAAGUACGGAGAGGACAACCCGCCACCACCUGCACAGGUCUACACUAUCCAGCAUCAGCCGAGCUCAGGGAACAUACAUCUAGUCCAAAAGGUUUUUGAAGGCCCAUUCGAGUUUGAUGUCAUCUUUUCGUCUGGCUCUGCGCCAACUAAGAUUACAUCUGAAGACCUCACAGAGCAGAUCGACUCUGUUACUUCCGGUUUCUCUACUCGGUUUGCCGACAUCUUCAAGCCACAAGCUCCCUUUCUAAAGGAGCGCUACGAGGAGUUCUCCAAGUCUCUCUUCUCGAAUCUAAUUGGUGGCAUUGGCUACUUCUACGGCGACUCCCGUGUCGAUCGCUCCUACGAUUCUGCCUACGAGGAAGAUAGCGAAGGCUUCUGGGAAGAAGCUGCUGAGGCACGAGGCAAGAACCAGGCCCAGUUCGAGGGGCCAUCGGAGCUGUACACAAGUAUCCCAUCACGGCCAUUCUUCCCACGAGGCUUUCUAUGGGAUGAAGGCUUUCACCUGUUGCCCGUCAUUGACUGGGAUGCUGAUCUCACACUUGACAUUAUCAAGAGCUGGUUCAAGCUAAUGGAUGAAGAUGGCUGGAUUGGUCGCGAGCAGAUCCUCGGCGCUGAAGCUCGCAGCAAAGUGCCUGAGGAGUUUCAAGUGCAGUUUCCUCACUAUGCCAACCCACCGACGUUGUUCAUGGUCAUUACUUCUUUCCUCGAUAAGCUCGAUGCGCUAAAGACCGACACCAGCAAUGAAAAGCUACUACACGAGAAGUCUUACUUCAUGCAGCUUUCCAAUCGCGAGGCAGCGUUGCAAUAUCUUCGUACCCUCUAUCCUUUGCUCAAGCGCCACUACUUCUGGUUCCGCAAGACGCAAGCGGGUGAUAUCAAGAGCUACGACCGUGAAGCGUUCUCGACAAAAGAAGGCUAUCGCUGGCGCGGACGCACUCCCCAGCACAUCCUUACCUCCGGCCUCGACGACUACCCUCGCGCUCAGCCCCCACACCCCGGUGAGCUCCACGUUGACCUCAUCAGCUGGAUGGGCAUGAUGACGCGCGCGAUUAAGCGUAUAGCUGUCUACCUCGGCGAAGAAGAUGACGCCCUUGAAUUUGCUAAAUACGAUGAAGCCAUCACUCGCAACAUUGACGAUCUGCACUGGUCCGACAGGGCAAAGACGUACUGUGACGCGACAAUCGACGAUUACGAAGAGCACGCGCUCGUCUGUCACAAGGGAUAUAUCUCGCUGUUUCCCUUCUUGACAGGCCUUGUGGAUAAAGACAGUAAGAGACUCGGCGCGGUGCUGGACUUGAUUGCCGACGAGGAAGAGCUUUGGAGUCCGUAUGGGCUUAGGAGUUUGAGUAAGAAUGAUGAAUUCUAUCACACCGCGGAGGAUUAUUGGCGUGGGCCUAUUUGGAUGAACAUGAACUAUCUGGCGGUAUCGCAGUUGCUUAACAUCGCUCAACACAAAGGGCCGCAUCAAACCCGCGCAAAGACGCUCUACACGGAAUUGCGGAAGAACCUCGUUAACACGGUAUAUGAAAGCUGGAAAGAGACAGGUUUCGCGUGGGAACAGUAUAACCCUGAGACGGGCAAGGGCCAGCGUACGCAGCAUUUUACGGGGUGGACGAGCUUGGUGGUCAAGAUCAUGGCCAUGCCUGAUCUGAGUGGAGCGAGGGUGAGGGAUGAGCUAUAGUAGGCGUACAUUACUACUGAUAGAGGGACAACCAAAGAGAUGGGAGCGCCCUGAUGACGACAGGAGCGAUGGACAGCAACGAAGUGUCGCCAAAGCAGUCUCAGCUCGCCGGGUCUAGACGGUUCAUGUAAAUGUGUGUGAUCAAAAUAUCGUAUCUGGCGUAGUAAAAUGACAAGUGAUCUGAACCUAUGACUGUCUUUCAGUACUCACCCG